UAAACUCAACCGGAGCAGACCGGUGCUUGUCCCCACAGCCCCCAGCCGCGAUCCCACUGGAGCCAGUCACCAUUUACACAGCGUGCUGCCCUGAGCCCGCAACCAUGUGCCGCACCCUGGCUGCCUUUCCCACCACUUGUCUGGAGAGAGCCAAAGAGUUCAAGACACGUCUGGGGAUCUUUCUUCACAAAUCAGAGCUGGGCUCUGAUGCUGGCAAUGUUGGCAAGUUUGACUGGGGCAGUAAACACAACAAAGAGGGAUGUGUCUCAGAAGAUCUGCUGCGGUGGAGAGAGUCCUUCGACUCACUGCUGAGCAGUAAAAAGGGAGUGGCUGCCUUCCAUGCCUUCCUAAAGACGGAAUUUAGUGAGGAGAACCUAGAAUUCUGGUUGGCCUGUGAGGAGUUCAAGAAGAUCCGAUCAGCUGCCAAACUGGCCUCCAGGGCCCACCGUAUCUUUGAUGAGUUCAUUCGCAGUGAAGCCCCUAAAGAGGUGAACAUAGACCAUGAGACUCGGGAACUGACAAGGACGAAUCUUCAGGCAGCCACAGCCAUGUGCUUUGACAUAGCACAGGGGAAGACGCGCACCCUCAUGGAGAAGGACUCCUAUCCACGCUUCCUGAAGUCACCUGCCUACCAGGACCUGGCUGCACAAGCCACUGCCACCUCCACCUCUGCAUCCAGCUGCAGCCCGGCUGAGCCCUCACACACCUGAACCUCAAGGGCAGUGAGGAAACCAGUGGGAAGCGAGGUGGAGUCACCCAUCCCUGAGGCGGCUGCCCCUGUAGGGGAUCAGGCUCUGCCCAGCAAGUGCGAGAGGACAGUGGAAGGGGAGCGGUCCUGCAGCCUGCGGGAGGAAUAUUUGCUCCUCCAGAUACUGUGGGUUGGGUGCCAUGUGUAAGAAUGCUCCCUACAUCCAGGAGCUGUGGCUAAGGGCUCUCCGGGGAAAAAUAUGGGGGUGCAGCAGUUAACUAUGGCUCUUGUCCUUCCCAAUGGAGCUAGGACAGAUUCCAGGGUGCCUAGGGAAAUUUGAAAAAGAGAAUUGCCAUGGAUCAUUUGAGUUCAAUCCCAUCUUGCUUUCCUAAUUUCCUUAGUUGGCCCAGAAGGAGCCCAGGAUAUGGAAUCUUGCUGUUCUGCCCUGCUCACCUGUCCCUAUCCCAGGUCACCCCAGGGCACCUUGGCUUCUGCUUCUUAAUGCUACCCUGUGGCCCUUCUUGUAGUCUUCUCAAGGUCAGCAAGUCCAUGUGAUUCUUGCCCAGAAUGACAUUUGUAUACCUCAAAGAGUGGCCAUGAACCCUGAAAAGGGGCCACCUUGCACAUGUGAAUGCAGCCUGGUGCUCUCGGUGGCCUCAUGCAGGUGGCCUCAGCUCUGUGUCUGCAGCAGUUCCACCUGUGAGUGGGCCCUUGUAGGACCUCUCUGAGCUCUCUGAGCCCUUAGAGAUGAGGCCCAGGAGGAGGAAGGAAGAGGCCUCAGGGGCAGCAGGGGAUAAGGGAGAAAGGGGUCAUAAGAAACAAAUCUCUUGACAGUGCCUGAAAAUCCUGCAGAAAACAAGCCAGUAUUUUCUUCAGGCAUGAGAAGAAAUAAAGAGAGGCCCUAGGGUAGAAAGUUUCUUUCCUGUGAACAUGAAAUGCACACUGGAGUGUUGGAGGGAUGGGGUGGGGACCAUGAUGGUCCAGGAACAGAAUAUAAGGCUGGGACUAAAGCUGGAGAGUGGGGCUGUUUGGAAGGGUGAGGCUGGGAAAGUCAGAAGUGGCUACCACUUCAGGCCUCACUGGACAAACAUUCUGAGGUGACACUCUGCUUCAGAGCCAGGGGAGUGAUGAAUCCACUUGGACAGCCAACACUGCCCUCUGUGCACUUGAACUCCUCUAGGAGAAAAUUAUUUAAGUAUAAUGUGUUUGCAGUAUGCUGAGUUUUUGUUACUGUCAUCAUUAUUUAUUAUUGUGUUUCAGUUUCUCCCCUGAGAAUCUCAGCAGGAGUUGCUGCCUGCCUGUCCCUUUCCCUUCACCAGACUCUACCUCUGAAUGUGCUGGGAGCCACUUAAGGCCUGUUAGGAACACAUCACUGUUUAAAUAUUUAUUUAUUGUUGACCAAGGAAACUGGGUUCCUUGAUGUGAGUGAUGUAUGCAGUUUUGGUCAACAUGUUAUAUUCUUAUAAAAUAAAAACAAAACUC